CUUCCCGGAGCCGCUGUCCCGACAGCUUUGAGCCAGCUGGCGCGUUCUGCCCUGGUGCCAGCCGGCGCGGCGCGACCUUUGAAAACGCCUGAACGCUGCGGCGGUUAGAGCGAGUUCCUGCACCUCCCGGACUAGGACCUAAAGUGAUUGCUACAAUGGAAGGAAUUAAUGAUUUCAAGACACCAAACAAAUUGUCUGAAAAAAGGAAAUCUGUAUUAUGUUCGACUCCAUAUGUAAAUAUCCCUGCCUCUCCAUUCAUGCAGAAGCUCGGCUUCGGGACUGGGGUCAACGUUUACCUAAUGAAAAGAUCUCCAAGAGGAUUGUCUCAUUCUCCUUGGGCUGUGAAAAAGAUCAAUCCUAUCUGUAAUGAUCAUUACCGAAGUGUGUAUCAGAAGAGACUGACUGAUGAAGCUAAGAUUUUAAAAAACCUUCAUCAUCCAAACAUCAUAGGGUAUCGUGCCUUUACUGAAGCCAGUGAUGGCAGUCUGUGCCUCGCUAUGGAGUAUGGAGGCGAGAAGUCUCUGAACGACUUAAUAGAAGAGCGCAACAAAGACAGCGGGCGCCCCUUUCCAGCCGCUGUCAUUCUCAAAGUUGCUCUGCACAUGGCAAGAGGCCUAAAGUAUCUGCAUCAAGAAAAGAAGCUGCUUCAUGGAGACAUAAAGUCUUCAAAUGUUGUAAUUAAAGGUGAUUUUGAAACAAUUAAAAUCUGUGAUGUAGGAGUCUCUCUGCCAUUGGAUGAAAAUAUGACUGUGACUGAUCCUGAGGCCUAUUAUAUCGGUACUGAACCAUGGAAACCCAAAGAAGCGCUGGAGGAAAAUGGCAUUAUUACUGACAAAGCAGAUGUGUUUGCUUUUGGCCUUACUCUGUGGGAAAUGAUGACUUUAUGUAUUCCACACAUCAAUCUUCCAGAUGAUGAUGAUGAUGAUGAAGAUACAACCUUUGAUGAGAGUGAUUUCGAUGAUGAAGCGUACUAUGCUGCUCUGGGGACCAGGCCAUCCAUCAACAUGGAGGAGCUGGAUGAAUCCUACCAGAAAGUCAUUGAACUCUUCUCUGUGUGCACUAAUGAGGAUCCUAAAGAUCGUCCUUCUGCUGCACACAUCGUUGAUGCCUUGGAACUAGAUGUCUAGUGAUGCUGUUUGUGGUCCAAGCAUGAAGCAUAGCUUGUAUGUGAACUAUUGACCCAGAUGCAUUUAUUUAGUUACUGCAGUGGCUAGACACUCCAGGUGGCUUAUUUUAGGACCACUGUACUGUUAAUAUUUGCAUAACUUUCUGACAUUAUUUCAUAUAAGCAUUUAUUAUACUGGAUAGAUAGUCUGUGAAGUUUAAAACUAACUCUCCAGGUACUUAGAUGCUGCCCCUGAUUUAAAACACUAGUCACCCUGUCUGAGGUGACUUUAGAAUCAAGGGACCAUUGCUUUACUAAAGAUCUUUUUAGGUGUUCAUUAGUGGGUCAUGAGAAAUUUACCUUAUACAGUACAAAGUGAAUCUGCAUCUGUUCAGUGUCCAGCUAUAUAGCUGGCCUGUUGGUUCAUGUGCUUAUUAAAUGUUCCCUGGAGCUUAAGAACAUGGUUCAGAAGAGUAGCUCCUAGGGUUUUCAGACCCUGGUUACAGAUGUUUUGUAUCUCUUCACAUCUUAGUGUCUAACUCGUUGAAUAUAUUUUUAUUCAAUGUAUUUUGUUUUUAUUGACUGUAUCUUAAGUCUUUCAAAGUUGUGAUGCAAGAAUUAAUAAAGGACAGUUUUGAUACCAGCCA